ACAUUUUCUCACACUUUUUCCUUUCACUUUCUCUCAUUUUCUCUCCAUCCAAACAGCCUCCAUGGAAGACGACCCCUCAGCUUCAUACAUCCACAUGGUGCACCACCUGAUCGAAAUAAGCAUUCUUUUCAACAUGUCCAAGGAAGAGUGCAUGGAAGCUCUCUCCAAACAUGCAAAUAUCGAACCGGUCGUCACUUCCACCGUGUGGAAUGAACUGGAGAAGGAGAACAAGGAGUUCUUCGAAGCGUAUGAGAAGAAACGACGUGAUGUUACGACGAGGAAGUUGGAAGGGAACUCUUCGUCCGACACGUCGGCUUUCAACUUGCUGGGUUUGGGCGAUACGACGCCAUUGGGUCGCUAGGUGACUAGACAGGGCGGCGGAGUAGUGUCGACGUACGACGUCGUUCUUAUGGGAUCGUAGGCAGAUGGAACAGCGCGAGUGGCGACUUAGACGGGGGUGAAGAUAUUUUAAGAUACUAAUAUUUUGGCUGGUUGGCUGACACGUGGCCUGGUUCUGCAACCUUUUAAGAAUGUAUUGGUGUCGCUUGCUGAUUGGGAGUCCAUGAGAGGUGACACGUGGCAGUUUAUAAUUUAAUAAGUCGAAUUUUUUUUUUUUUU